AUGUCAGUGGUUGGUUCUUUAAUAUUCUGUACUGAUUGUGGUAACUUGUUGGACACCAUAUCAUCUAAGUCCACUUUGGACUGUAAGUUAUGCUAUAAAGAGUAUCCUGCUUCGAAUUUUGCUGAUUUAAAAGUUGUUACUAAAUCAGCUGAAGAUGCAUUCCCAUCUACAUUAAGAAUGAAGAGAUCGGUGGUUAAGACGUCUCUUAAGAACGACGAGUUAACUGAGGGGGCCACUAUUCAAGAAAAAUGUCCAAAAUGUGAUAACGAAGAAAUGCAAUAUCAUACAUUACAAUUAAGAUCUGCUGAUGAAGGGGCUACUGUCUUCUAUACUUGUACUUCAUGUGGAUAUCGUUUCAGAACCAAUAAUUAG